CGCAUCCGAAACACGAACAAAUUAUCCGGCUGUUUUCCCAGUUUCCCCCACAAACACAGUGCGCCGGACAGAGAAAGCGCUACAUCGCACACAGCCUCGCGUACCGAACCUGGCAGUGUAAACGGUGCCUAGCCUCGCUUGCCAAAGUGAACAGCGAAUUUCCCCUUCGGAUAUCAUUUUUGUGAUGCUUCCUCUCUUCCGAGUUCUAGACAAUUGCUAAUAAUACCCGUGAUCGCAAAUUUUCUUCCCUAUCGUGAUAUUUGCAAUUGGUCCGUGAUAGUUAGGAUCGUCGCCCGGUAGUGCGUUUUGCCCAGAGAGAAGUAGCAUUGUGUGAACCCGUGUAGGCGGGAGGGAGCGGCGAUGAAAAACCGUGCCGCAGCAGCGUUGAUGCGUUGGUCUGGCGUUGGUUGUUGGUGUUGAUUUUUUCCACUGUUUCUUUAUUCGGAAAAGUUGAAUCAAUGGUGGAAAGCGGUGCAAUCGGUGGUAUCUAUCAGUGCUUUGUGGAACGAAAAUUGUUCAGUGUUAUCGUUGGCGUGACGCAUACAUGCCGCAAAACGGCAAAAUUAGCAUCAAUCCGGUCGCGCUUCGCUUUGGACAGCUAAGCGCGAGCUGCCACCACUGUUGCCUUUCGGGCCGCUGGUAAGUAGCAGCAGCAGCAGCAGCAGCACCGGUCGGAGGACAAGCCGGGCAAUUGUAUAUCGUCGACGACGGACGGAACGAGGAUGGUCGUUUCGAAGGAAGGUAAACGCCGGCGUAAGGUGUCCGCCAUUGCACAAGCCGGUGGCGGAAGCACCAACCCAUCUGCCGGUAGCAGUGGGGCCAACGGUCCCAUCACUACCGCAGCAGCAGAGCGUGAUCUUUCUCCGCCGGAAAUUCCAAAACGCCCGAAGGUGCAUGCACAGCGGAAAUUUGCCCAGGGACAAGGAACGGCUUCCUCGUCCUACCUUAGCUACUCCUCUGCACCGCCAACGCCCGGGAAAGAUGGAGCUCAUCGUUCAUCUCACGCGGGAACCGGGAAUGGAACGACACCAACCGUACCCGGCAGUGGGACCGGGUCGGAAGCUAACCCGCCCCAGGUGCCGGAACUGUUACCGAACAUGCGACCCAACACGGAAGAUUUCCUUACCUUUCUGUGCUUCCGUGGCACACCGGUGUUGCCACCAGCGUUAGAUUUUUUUAACAAAACAAACACCACGUCUGCGGGGAAUAGUAGCAGUGCCAGCGGCGGUAGACAUGCUUCCACGCCGGGCGGUUCGGGCAGUUCGAAGCAAAAGUCACAACAAUCGAAAACAGCUGCUACUUCUACAUCGACGAAGGAAUCACCUGCACCGAUUGCUUCGCCCAGUUCCAACUCCACAAAGGCUGUCGAACCGAAAAAGGAGGAGAAUGCCACCAAGUCCUCCGGCCUGCAGGAGCCGGCCACCCAACAAGAAAAGCAAACCACGCCAACCGCUUCAGCUGCUGCUCCCACCACCACUUAUAUCCCCUUUGCGGUGCGUAAACGUGCCGAGCAGCACCCGGCACCGGCCGAAACACGAUCCGAUCGGAAACGUACGCAGGACAAGAUGCAGGCCCUGCGCAAGAAGUACCACGAUCAGCGUGUGGCUAAACUACGCGCAACCACCCAGGGUCAGCGACAAAGUGGACGUGUGAACGUGGCAAUAGCAACUCGUUCUUCUGCUGUUCCUUCCAAAUCGGCGCAAGACGAGCAGCAGGGCGAGGAAGAUGAGGAAGAGGAAGCGGACGAGGAAGAGGAUGGUUCGGAAAAUGAGCCUUUAGAUGAAGAUGAAGUCGAAAAAGAAGAGAUGCCGCAGGAUAAAAAGCCUUCAGCCCAAGAAUCACCUACCGUUGGCAAGCGGAAAAGUGGUCUACGAAGUGGAGCCGCAUCUCGCGCCUCAAGUCCGCCUAAAGUCGAAAGUGCCAAAGGAUCGCCGGCUAAGAUUGCUCGCAAUGCAAAGCGCGAUUCCUCGUCAAAGGCGACAUCGAACCAGCAGGAAGAGACUGGUAAAGAAUCGUCCACGAAAACACCCAACAAUAGGGCGAGCAAACAUCCGUCUCCACCGGAUACGCCCGUGGAAGAUGGCUCCAAGGUGAGCGGAACUCGCAGCACAAGCUCGUCCAAGAAAUCGGUGAAAGAGUCGCCGAAGAAUUCACCCACUCAGCACCAGCAGCAGCAGCAGCAGCAGGCGUCUUCGAAUGUUUCCGAUCAGGAAGGAAAAGAAAAACGAACCACACGGCUGUCCGCACUGCGCAAUCCUCCACCCGUAGCGGCCAAUACGGAUGCGGUAAAGAAUGCGAAAGAUAAACGGAAGCAGCAACCGCAACAGGAUCGAGUUGAUUUUUCAUCCGACGAUGAUGAACCAUUAUCGCGCGCUACGGCAGCCGAUAAACGGUCCUCGGAUGCGGUAGAGCUCGGUAAAACGACACGCUCCGGUAGAAGCCGCAAAUCGGAACCAGCAACAACCGCCCUCGAGAAAGAUCCGGACGAAAUGCCUGAUAAAAAGACGCGCCGCUCGGAAUCGGUCGUAAGCCGACGUUCGGACAUUAGUUCGCGAAAGUCCGAGAUGCGUGAGUUUGGUGCUGGUGGCGGUGGUGGCGGCGGUGCAGUGACGAAGAAGGUUGAGGAGCUUACCAAAACACAACCCCAGCGAGGUCGUAAAAGGAAAGAACCGGCCCCAACAACCCAACCCCAACCGGUCUCCGCCAAAACACCUAAAGAGGACGAAUCCAAAGAGGAGGAGGAACCAUCGAGCGAUAAGGACCGCAAGCAGGCGGGUCCGGCGGGUGCGAGAAAAGGCAAGCGGGAAACGCCCGCACCGGAACACGCUACCACACCCGCCCGCGACAGCACCCUCUCGCCGGAAGUGGAGGAAAAGAAACCGAAAACAGCGUCCUCGACACCGGUCGAAUCGCUCAGCACAUCGCGCCCCUCGCGCAAAACGAAAGAGGCGGCCACACUGUACAUGGAGCUGAUCGGUCGGAAGCUAAACCACGACGACAAAUCGGACGACGAUGCGUCCUCGCUGGACAGUCUCGAGCUGCCGAACGUGCGCAAGCUGGAGCGGAUGGAGAACGAGCUGAAAGCGAACGCGGGCAAGACACGGGACGCUCGGCAGCAGGCAGCGACCGCCAAGGGAGGCAGCAAGGUGAAAAAGAAAGAGGACGGUGAUGACACGAAAGUGAACGAGAAAAGCUUUAGCGAUUCAGACGAGGAACCAUUGGCGAGCAAGUUUCAGCGCAAACAGGCCCAGCAGCAGACGGCACGCAGGCAACCGGUAAAAUCGAAAACGGCCGCUUCGACCAAAACGGCACCGCAAGGCGGGCGGCGGAACAAUGGAAAGAAACCGAACGACGCGGAUGGCAGCGAAGAACAAUCGUCACCCGAGAAGACGGAAAAAGAGACUGCGGAAAAGGCAUCGAAAGGUAAUGAAGUGAUGCCAAAAAAGGGGGGAACUACGGCAACGCUGACCACCACCGCUGUAACAAGCCCGCCAGCCGGCAUUGCCAAACAAAACGGUACGAUGGAAUCGAGCGUCGCGAUCCCCCUGACAGCAACGAAAACUCCCACAAAAAUGAACCCAAACAGUGCGUUCAACAGUCCACUGGAAUCUCCGGUCCUUUCGUCGGACCAUCUCAAAAGUCCUACCACCUCCGAGGGACAGAACGUAUCGCGAUUGAACAAAUCGAUGGACAAUACGCAGCUGUCUACCACGGUCGAGCCGGCCGAAAGUCCGAUCAAGAUACCGCAAAUGCUAAACAUCCCGACGGUCAUACCGACGACGGCCUUUCUGCAGGUCACCGGCAGCCCAACGGCAGCUCCCUUUACCCGUGCCAUCAAGCCUGCCCCGCUUGGAACCGGCUCCGGAACGGGUGCCGAUGGUGGUGGGUCCUCCUUCCUACCGUUGAAUAAAUCUGCCCCUGGCACUGCUGCCGCAAACGCGUCCCAAACGCCGGCCGACACCAGCGUGCCUUUCAACCGGUCCGGCACGACAACGGGCGCCGUUGGUGGUGCAGCCGGGAAAGGUGAUUUUACGCUUCCACUGGAUGAUUCCGAUUUCCUGAAAGGGUUCGAAAAAUCAUCCGCCGAUCCUAGCACAGCCGGCGAUAAACCAGCGGGCCACUCUUCGCUGCUGGGGAAUCUGCUUCCCAGCAAGGAGGAGUCGGAAAAGAUCUUCGGUAUCGCGAGCGUCAGUUUGGCGCAAAGCUCCGGUCCGCUCGAUACGAAGUGCACGCUCGGGAAGUGUGGCUCCGUCCACAAACCACCGUUGGGGCCACCGGUUCUAACCGAAUCGCUGCUCGGUGGCAAUCUUUCGCCGCGCGAUCGUCGAAAGGCGAAGGUAAACAUGACGCACGAGCAGAUACAGAAAUGGAUUUACGAAUCGUCCUGGUCCCCGAUCGAGGACGAUCUGAAGGAUGAUGAUUUGGAGCUGAUUGAGUCGGGCGCUCGUACACCUCCCGCACCACCACCGACGACGACGGCAGUUGCGUCGAUGACUUCGACCUCAUCUUCUGUUCAGCAAACGACCACCAGCCCAGCAGUUACUACAGCUACUGCACAACCGCCGACAACGGUCGCCGGUUCCGGGUGGGCUGCAAUGAUGACGGCAGUGGCCACGUCGACACCACUCAGUACGCCAACCGUUGCCGAUCGAGCGGCUGCCCCUGGUGCAGCGCCAACAACAUCGGCGACAGAGAAAAAGGAUACUGUGUCGCAACCGGCACAAGAGACAAAACCGGCGCCUAGCAACAGCAAGGACACAGCGGGUCCUAAAUCCGAAGGACAACCGGUGAAGGAAGCGCCAGCUGCUCCUACACCAACCAGCAGCAAACAGAAGGAGUUGAAAGAACAACGAAAAUCGAAAGCAGAAACACCCCCAUCAACGGUGGCCCCCGUUUCAGCCACAACUCCCCGUACUGCAGCUACAACCCCGACAGCAACAGCGGGCGAAAGAAAGCCCAUCUACCGGAAUACAACCGGGCGAACGCCAGUAUACAAACAGGAAGCUCUUGCCGCCAAACAAUCACCCGCGGCGCAAAGCUCGCAGCUCGCACCAGUGUUGCCGGCGUCCACGAAGCAGGUGGCCCAAGCUAACUCGUCGUCCUCGACCCAGGCGAGCAACAAGUUUGGCGCCUUUUCCCCGGUGAACGAACCAAGCGUGUAUUCGUUCGAUAAGGAGGAAGAUUUUAUGCCCGUCGCGACCGUUCCCUUCCGCAGGCAGCACGGUGGUGGUGCUGCAACCGUUGCUGGAGGUGGUGGAGGAGGAGCGAGUGGCCGGCGAGAGUCGUCCAAUGAGCCUGCCACCGGGGGAAGCAGUAAACGUGACGACGAGCGAAACGCGUUCCAGAAACCAGCGACCGGCGUUUCGGUGGCAGCUUCGAAAAUGAAUUCCGACGACAAGAGCAAACCACUCGAUUCCGUCGGUGAGAAGGAGAAUGGGGACAGGAAGGAAGAGCCGGCGCACGUGAAGCAGGAAGCGAGUGAUACGGAACCGGACGGUGCGUCUGGUACUGGCGGUGGCAUUGGUGGUGGUGGACAAACGUUUUACAUUCCACUGCAAGGCCCGACCGCUUCCGGUGGAGGUGGUGCAGGAGGAGGGUCUGGGGGAGGUGUUGGUGGGAGCGGUGGUUCGGCGGGGAAAGCGGCUGAUUCACUCAUUCAGGGUGUUGCGGUCAAGCUCGGCACGGAAGGUCCGGACGGUCCAAAUCAGCGUGUCAUAAUGCAUGCGAAGCUGGUGACGAAGGCUGAGAUGGGUUCGAACCCAACCACGCUGCCCGACUCGAUGAACGUGCAGGAGCUGGUCAAGAGUCUUACGGCGCAGGGCGGUGCAGCGGCGGCCCUGGGGAAGGAGGGCCUAGCUAAGCUGCUUCCCAUUGGGCUGCUGCAGUCACGGUUUAAAUCCACCAGCGCUACCAAUGCAGCGGAACAGCCACCUUCGACGACGGACGCAGCGCGCACACCGACGCAGGAAGAUCGGGCCAGCGCAGAACCAAUGUCACGCGGCCUGUCGCGCAUCGCUUCCAACUCAUCGCUCUCCUCCCAGCGCUCGAAACCGACUGGGAAAGCAGCCGGAAAGGGUGCAACGGCCGGGCGGACAGGUGGUGGCACCGGUGGCACUAGCAAUGAGGCGGGCGCCACACCCCAACCGAACAACAACACCGUUUUCCCGCGCCGAGACGAUCCGGCCCAGAUGGUGGAAGCUCCCGUUUUCAAACCGACCGAGAAAGAGUUCCACGAUCCGAUGGAGUACAUCGAGCGGAUCGCACCGAUCGCUUCCCGGUUCGGCAUCUGUCGCAUCAUUCCACCGGCCAGCUUUAAGCCCGAGUGUCGGAUCGCGGACGAUAUGCGCUUCAUGGCGUACAACCAGUACGUGCACAAGAUGCUGCACCGGUGGGGCCCGAGCGCGAAGGAGUACGCCGCCAUCAAGAAGUAUCUCGCCACGCAAAGCAUCAACCUGCAGUCGCCGCCGGUGAUCGGCGGGAUGGAGGUCGAUCUGCCCCGGCUGUACCACACCGUGCAGGAGCUCGGUGGCCUGAAGGAGGUGAUCGAGAAGAAAAAGUGGGCCCGCGUGUCGGAGGACAUGUGCAUACCGAAGGCGGCACACGAUCGCGUCUCGAAGCUGGACGACAUCUACUGCAAGUAUCUGCUGCCGUACGACACGCUCUCGCCCGCCGAGCGCCAGAAGCUGUUCGACGAGGUAGAAGCGGACUGGGCCAAGCGGGAGGCCAAGGCACGCCGUAACGCGGACAAGGGCGUAGGGUCGGAGAUCCGCAACAGUGGCGAUUCGGACGAGGAUGAGUCGAACGACGACGGUGAGGAGGACGACGAAGAGGAGGAGGACGAGGACGAAUGCUCCAUGGAGUGUAUCGUGAAGGGGCGCAGUAUGCCACUGAACCAAUUCUUCCGGAUCGCGCGCAACACCAUGUCGCUGUGGUUCCGGAACAGUGAACCAUCGGUGGCGGAAAUCGAAGCCGAAUACUGGCGCCACGUUGCCGUGCGCGAUAGCCACGUGUGCGUGCACUCGGGGUCGAUUGAUUCGAGCGCGUUUGGGUACGGAUUCCCCAACCCGAAGGUGAAGGGUUCGUCGUGCGCCAAACACCCGUGGAACCUGAAGGUACUGACGAACAACAGUGGUUCGAUCCUAAGGUCGCUCGGCCCCGUUAUGGGCAUUACCAUUCCAACGCUGCACGUGGGCAUGCUGUUCAGUGCGUGCUGCUGGUACCGCGAUCCGCACGGGCUGCCCUGGAUCGAGUAUCUGCAUACGGGCGCGAACAAGAUCUGGUACGGCGUGCCGGAUGAUCAGAACUCGAAUUUCCGCGCGGCGCUGACCGUGCUCGUGCCGACGCACUGUCAGAACAAAACGAUAUGGUUACCGUGCGACACGGCGAUGGUUCCACCGCACAUGCUGACCGAUCGGAGCGUUUCGCUGUGCCGGACCGAACAGCAGCCGGGCCAGUUUGUGGUGGUGUUUCCCCGAGCGUACACGUCGAGCCUGUGCACCGGGUACGCGGUGUCGGAGAGUGUGUACUUCGCGACCAACAGCUGGCUCGACACGGCGAAGGAAGAUUUUCGGGACAUACAGGAAAGCUGCGAACCGACCAUGUUCUCCGUGGAGCAGCUGCUGUUUGCGAUCGCGAACGAUCAGCGCAGCAAUCAUGAUACGCUCGUGCAAGCGUACCCGAUGAUCGUCGACAUUUACGAGAAGGAGAAGCAGCAUCGACAAACGCUCAAGGAGCAAGGCGUAACGAAAUCGGAACGGAUCGAGUCGAAAAAGAAGAGCGCAUCGCUGGACGAGUUCGAGUGCGAACGGUGCCGGGCCAACCUAUACCUUUCGCUGGUAAAGGUAAGGGUGACGAACGGCGGCGGCGACGACGACGAAGACGAGGCUGACGACAGUGCGACGGGUGAGGAGGAGGAGGAGGAGGAGGAACGCAUCUACUGUUUGAAGCACGCCGUAAAGCAUUUGGCCGACGGUGGGCUACAGACGAAACACUGUCGCCUGGCGUACACCUACUCGCUGGAGGACAUCGAGGAGCUGCUGAAGAAGUUGCAGGACCGCAUCGCCAACAAGAAAUCGUCGAAAUCGAGUGCCGGUAGCAGUGUCGGUGGAGCAGGCGGUGGAGCUGGUGGUGGUGGAGCAGGUGGUGGUGGCGGUGGAAGUGGACGUGGUAAGUCUUCCCUCCAUCUGGCGUCGACCUCGUCCCAGUCGUCGUCGUCGUAUCAGGCACCGAGCCACAGCAAGUAUGCCGGUAUGGCGACAAUGCUAAAGUAAGCCCAGCAGGGUAAGAGAUCACCGGGAGUGGAGCAUCAUCAUGCCGCCACCAGGCCACUAGGUAAAGAGGUUUCCACCAGUUUAGGACGGUUGGUCAUUUAUUUCCGGUGUGCACCAUUCGUUUCACUCAUCGAUGUAAGCAUAUCAAUCGUAGUGGUGGACGCACGACCACAUCACCGACCCAUAAAACUAGCAGCAUCAUCUGGUUCAGAGUAUUAGUUACACAGCGUAUAUUUUAACUUCCCCUUUUUCUACUGCUACUACUACUUCUACUUCCUUUUUUGCACAGUAUUGACAGCCGGUAGUGUUGUGUAGAUUUGCUUGAUCGAGCGACAGUAUUAUUAUGAAGCUGCUGCAUCCUUGCGUACGAUCGAUCGAUAAGCUUUCACCGUCUCUUGGAGAUGUGUGUACUGCGCCCGUGCCCGUGUGGCAAUAGCAGCGUGAAAUCUGUGUACAUAUUAGGGCCAGCUUGCAAUGAGGAUGCGGAUGUAAAUUAUGGAGAAAGAUUAUUUUAUUACAAUGUGGUUCUCCUCCUGUGUCAGGCUUGUCAGGAGGAAGCAAACACUCGAAUCGAAUGGAGUAAGACGACGACCACUAGCGGCGGCUGAAGGUCAGGUCAGGUCAGGUAAAGCAUCCUUUUGAGCAUUCUGCAUGGUCUUUGUCCGCUAGACCAUCAAUCGUGUUACCCUUGUUAGGUUAUCCAAAUCGCUUCUCGCCCAGCAGCAAAGCUGGACAGUUCGUGUCGCACGUAUCCGUCACACUCCCUUUUUGCAUUAUGGGCUUUUUAGUUUCCUCACCAUAUUAAUUAUUUGUCGAUGUCGAAGUCGGCGUAUGUGUGUGUGUGUGUGUUAGUGUGCGUGUGCGUGUGUGUGUAUAUAAAGAUAUUUAUGGAGAUAAGUGUGUGUCCUCUUCUUACCUUGAAGGGUCACACGGCGCGGUAGAGCGAAUGGCAAUCGUGUGAGGACACACACGGCGCGCAAUACGAAGACUAGUCGAUUGAAUGUAGAGCCAUUUAAAAAUUCGCAACAAACGAUAGAACGGGAAUCGAAUGCAUCACACACCUCGUUCUCCUAGGGGGCGUAAGGUAUCGUAGGUAAGAAUUAAUUUAUAACGCUAUAAAGAGAGAGAGAGAGAGAGAGAGAGAGAAAAAUGCUAAAAAAAACACGAUAAAUGUUACGAGUAAGAAAAGAAAUGCUACUGCUUUGGAAAGGAUAGUAUAUAGAGUAACACGUAGUGCGGACUAGUGAUACGUUUACAACCAUGCAUGCAUACAUAACAUAUAUACAUAUAUA